CGAGGCUAAAUCUGAAAGGUGAGAAGAAAGGGCACUUGACGCGUUAAUUCGAGGUAUUUAAGUGUUAGUUUGCAGUUGACACGUUGUGAGGAACAUGUUGAGUGCUUGUGUUCAGAAAAGAAGCAUCUUACGGGUGAUCAAAUUCAAUAAGUAUCUGUUUGAUGUUUUUGUACCCGAUGCAAACAUAUCGAAAUCAAAAAUAGGCCUAGAAUCACCAAUCAGGAGUUUUUCAGCAGCAACUGCAAUGGGUAGCAAAUUGCUCACCAUCGAUUCGCUCAACCCGUGUGUCAAGAACGUUGAAUAUGCCGUGCGAGGGCCUAUUGUUCAGUUAGCGUCAAAAUUAGAGAAAGAAUUGCAGCAGGGCAUUGCUAAACCAUUUCAAGAUGUUGUGAAAGCUAACAUUGGUGAUUGUCAUGCAGUUGGGCAGAAUCCAAUAACAUUCAUCAGACAGGUCAUAUCAGCUUGUACUUGUCCAGAAUUGAUUGCACAAAAGGUUUUCCCUGAUGAUGUCAAUAAGAGAUCAAGCGAGAUUUUAAAUGCGGUAAAAAAUAGUGUUGGCUGUUAUACUGAUUCUCAAGGAAUUGAAUUUGUACGCAAAAGUGUUGCAGCAUAUAUAGAAAAGCGAGAUGGAUAUCCUGCAGAUCCAGGGAACAUAUUUUUGACAAAUGGUGCAAGUUCAGGUGUUAAGCUGAUGCUUGAAUGCUUCGUUUCAUCUGAAGUGAAAUCUGGUGUCAUGAUUCCAAUACCACAGUACCCUUUAUAUUCUGCAACCAUAUCAGAGUAUGGACUGCAUCAGAUUGGAUAUUAUCUCAAUGAAGAGGAAAACUGGAAGCUCGAUAUAUCCGAGUUAAAAAGAAGUUUAGAAGAAGCCAAGAAAAGAUGCCAGCCUCGAGUAUUGUGUGUGAUAAACCCUGGCAACCCAACAGGACAGGUAUUGUCAUACCAAAACAUCAAAGAAAUCAUCGAAUUUUGCAUGGAUGAAGGGUUGUUUCUUUUGGCCGAUGAAGUAUACCAAGACAAUACGUAUGGCACAGAAAGUUUCCAUUCUUUCAAGAAAGUAUUGCGAGAUAUGGGUUCAAAAGGAGAUGAUUUUGAAAUGGCCUCGUUUCAUUCUGUUUCCAAAGGGUACAUGGGAGAAUGUGGCAUACGUGGUGGCUAUGUAGAAGUCAUUGGUCUUCGAGAUGACGUCAUGGUUCAGUUACAAAAGCUUCAGUCUGCCCAGUUAUGUGCAAACUCGAUUGGCCAAAUUGUUGUUGACUGCAUUACCAAUCCGCCGAAGCCUGGGGAUGAGUCAUACGACUUGUUUAUGCUGGAAAAGACAAAGGUCCUAGAAUCUCUGAAGACCCGAGCGAAAAUGGUCUAUGAAAUCCUGAAUACCAUUGAAGGUGUUACCUGCAAUGAAGUCAUGGGAGCUAUGUAUGCAUUUCCAAGAGUUAACCUUCCAAAAAAGGCAAUCGCAAAGGCCGAAUCUGUUGGAGAGCGUCCUGACUUUUUCUACUGCAAAAAUAUGUUGCUUGAAACUGGGUUGUGUGUUGUGCCUGGGAGUGGGUUCGGACAAAAGGAUGGAACCUUCCAUUUUCGAAUGACCAUCUUGCCACCUGUGGAGCAGAUCAAAUCUUUUCUAGAAAGGUUCAAGUCAUUUCAUCUUAAGUUUUUGGAGACGUACUCGUAGUUAGAUACAGCGUGAAUGCUAGAUGGUAUGAAAUGUUUGUGAUUGUUUUUCAAACAGAUGCAAUGACAAACUGGGAAGAAAUGGCAUGGUGCACUUGAGACGAAAAUUGUCGCCAUUCUUAUUUCUUUACGCUUGAUUGUAGCAAAACCAGUUUUUAUGGUUGCUCUUUUAGGAAUUAGGCAUGCAAUAGAUCUGUUUCGUUGAUAAACUAAUCAAAAUACAUUCGGAAACUAUGUGGCAUUGUCACAUCGAACUCAAGUUCGUCGCUACCUCAAUGAAACGUUGAAUUGCCAAUCCGGCUUUAAAUGAUAAUGCUUUCUUGGCUUCAAUUUCAACCCGGUCUGUCAUUGCAUACUUUAGUCGUAUGGGUCUAGACAUGAGAGGCAUUCCAGGUGCGGGGCACUGUGAAAUAAUGAUAAUUUGCAUUUUUGUAGAGGGUAUUAAGAUUUUCCGUGCAGCGUUUUUAGUUUACAGCCUGACCCGAAUUGCCUCUCACGGCGACCUACAAUAUGUCGUUUGCCAGUAAAUUAGGCUAUGCUACAUAUUUUCAAAUGCACAUUUAAUCAUUGGAAAUUGCUAAUAUACAUUGAGAUCUUCUUAAAUAUUUGAAGUUUAUUUGAAUUUG